AUGAAGUUCCAAUUUUGUGGAGGUUUAAAUGUUCCAGAUUGGCUUUUAAAAGAAAUUGGAACAGUUCAACGUCUUAAUAAUGAAGAAGUUAAAGAAAUUAGUAUAGAAAUAAUUAAUAAUAUGAUAAAGAAAGAAGGAUUUAAUAAAAAAGAAUUCAAUUCAAUUUGUGAAAGACGUAAAUUAACAGAAUCUGAUUUAAGAGGGAUUAUUACAACAUUAAGAUUUAUAUUAUGUUCAGCAGCACAAUAUGAUAUUAGUAGUGAAAGAUUAUUAGAAGAAGAACUUGAAAUUGGAAUAGAUAUAGAAAUUGCAGAAACAAUAUCAAAAAUAUAUGAAGAAUAUAAAGAACAUUUACAAAGAAUAUUAAUUCAAAAGACAAUUAAAUUACCACAUAUUCAAAAUAUUCAAGAAAUUGAAUAUAAUAUAAUAAAAAAAGAUGAAAUUACUAAUGAAAAUAUUAAACCAUAUAUUAUUAUUCAUAUAAUUACACAAAUAAAUUCAUUUGAUUUAAUUAUUCAAGAAAAUCAAAUUAAAGAAAUGAUUUUAUCAAUAAAAACAGCAAUAAAAAUAAUGAAAAAAGGACUUAAUAAUAAUUAA